CGUCAAUUGAAGAAAAAAAGCCCGCAGAUUAUGCCAUAAUUCACGGUGUCCUGGAAAACACGAUCGGCACGGCCACCUUCUUCGAGGUGAUCCAGAAGGUGCGCCGACAGAAAGAUGCAACUCCCCAAUACAGCCCCACACCAAUAUUCGCCAAAAGAAAUGUCUCUUACACCUGGCAUCCAAAGUCUAGGAAUAACAAGACCGCAAUCACAACCAUCCUGGGCGACUACGGUAUGGCCAGAGUACGAGAAGUCCCUUACGGAUUUUCACCCACGCGGGAAUCUCCUGGAAUAGCCCCACGAACUCACCAAACUCUCCCCGAAGACGUCGACGAAUGCGAGGCACAGCAUGGUGACUCUUCUUGCACGUAUUCCAAGAAACCGCUUUGAAUUCGGUAUUCCCCAAAACUCGGUCGAUACCCCCUCACUGCUGUAAACCGGCAAAAUGGCAGCGCGGACGCUCUCCGGACUCCACGAAAUCUUGGCGUCCACCCCGACAGAGCCCACGUUGGCCUCGCCGGUCGCCCCCUUGACGAACAGCUUGAACUCUGGGAACCAUGAGCACGAAGCCGUCCCCUCUUGACCCACCUUGCUCUGCAGGAACGCCUUGGCCUUGCCAGCGACCGCGUACUGCUUCGCCUCCUCAGGUUCGCGUUCCGCCGUGGUAAACAAGCACUUCCCAUUGAACUGGAGCUCCGGGUCGGCGUCGAGGCACUCCUUGAAGAACAUCGCCACUUCCGCUGCCACUGGAGGCUGCACAUGGACCCGGAUUUUGUACGCCUUGCUGCCGAACACCUCUAGCUCCCCAAUCUUCGGCGUGAGUCGCCGGGAGCGCGUUCUUCAGCUUCGUGAAGACGGCCUCCGCCUGGACCCUGCUGACACCCUUUGUGCGCCUCUCCGAGUACUCGCAGAAGCCCUUGAUGUCAACGUGGGUGGGCAUAUACUUCUUGACGCUCCCAUCUGAAGAUGCACCUCCUGAGUUCAAGAGGUACUCCACAACCUUUAUACGCUGGUCGAAAGCAUCAACCUUCUCCUCGAGUUUGUCAACCUUCGCCAUGACUUGGCCAAGCUUCGUGUCGAAGAGCAUGGUCAUCGCCUCCAUGGUAACCAGAGUAGUCGUGCUGGAGAGGCUGCAAACACAAGAACAGAGAAAACAGAUGAAUGUGAGAUGUGAAAAGGUGAGUGGCAGUAGGAUUGGAGUAGGAUAUGAGGAUGUGUGACCCUUCACCCUUGGCUUGAACUCAUUACUGGGUUCGUGACUCUCUCAC